UUGCCUUUCUACAUAAGCAGUUGCGCACAGCUUAUUUAGUUGUCUUGCGAAUCUCCGGGUCCUUGCUGUUUGAAAAGGUGGAUAAUUUUGGAUAUUUAUCAACAAGAUUAAUUGUACAGAAUUUCUCUCUCUCUCAAACUGCAAAGAUGUGUGACCAGACCUUUUUAGCUGAUGUAUUUGGUCCAUGUGACAAGUGCUCCAAAGAGAAGCCCCUUAGGCCUGUUUACGUCGAAUCAGAACAACUCAGCUACUGCUCACUAUGUGUGGAAAUGAUGGCAACCGACGGGCUGCGCGAGAACGAGACCUUGGCAUCGCUGAAAAAUGAGGCCGAGAGCCUGAAGGGCAAGCUGGAGGAGGAGCGGGCCAAGCUGCACGACGUGGAGCUUCAUCAGGUGGCAGAGCGUGUGGAGGCGCUGGGCCAGUUUGUGAUGAAGACCAGGAGGACCCUGAAGGGCCACGGGAAUAAAGUUCUCUGUAUGGACUGGUGCAAAGACAAGAGAAGAAUUGUGAGCUCUUCCCAGGAUGGGAAGGUGAUCGUCUGGGAUUCCUUCACUACCAACAAGGAACAUGCAGUGACGAUGCCAUGUACCUGGGUGAUGGCGUGUGCAUAUGCCCCAUCUGGAUGUGCCAUUGCUUGUGGUGGCCUGGACAACAAGUGUUCUGUGUACCCUCUGACAUUUGACAAAAAUGAAAAUAUGGCUGCAAAGAAGAAAUCAGUUGCAAUGCACACAAACUACUUGUCUGCCUGCAGCUUCACUAACUCAGACAUGCAGAUUCUGACAGCAAGUGGAGAUGGAACUUGUGCUCUGUGGGAUGUUGAGAGUGGUCAGCUUCUACAGAGUUUCCAUGGUCAUGGAGCUGAUGUCCUAUGCCUGGACCUGGCCCCUUCUGAAACGGGAAAUACGUUUGUCUCUGGGGGCUGUGACAAGAAAGCCAUGGUUUGGGAUAUGCGGUCUGGUCAGUGCAUCCAGUCAUUUGAAACCCAUGAUUCAGAUAUCAACAGUGUCAGAUAUUACCCAAGUGGAGAUGCUUUUGCCUCUGGUUCAGACGAUGCCACGUGUCGUUUAUAUGACCUUCGUGCAGACAGAGAAGUAGCAAUUUAUUCCAAAGAGAGCAUCAUUUUUGGAGCAUCCAGUGUGGACUUCUCUCUCAGCGGUCGCCUGCUGUUUGCAGGCUAUAAUGAUUACACCAUAAAUGUCUGGGACGUGCUGAAAGGGUCCCGUGUGUCCAUUCUGUUUGGACAUGAAAAUCGUGUCAGCACCUUGCGGGUCUCUCCUGACGGAACGGCGUUCUGCUCGGGCUCCUGGGACCACACUCUCCGAAUCUGGGCUUAACCUGAGAUCCCAUAUGCAGAAGCAAAUGAAGACUGAAACCCUGGACUACAAAAACUGCAUAAAAAAGCCACCCCUCAAAAUCAAAUAUUCGCUACACUACAAGAUACCCACAGAUUAGCACAACUAGGUAGAAAAUAUAAUCUGCUUGAACACAUAGCAAACAUCACCUUGUAGUAAAAUGAAAUGUUUUUAAUUCUGUUUUGAAACUAUCUUAUUUUAUUAGAACUAGUUUAGAUAAUUAUAAAGGAACUUUUCUCGGAAGUCACCUGUAUCAUAGAAAUGAGUAUUUCAGUGCACAUUAUGUAUUUAAUUGCAUGAAUUGAGUUCCUUUUUAAAGUAAAAAAAAAAAAAAAAAAAAAAAAAGGAGGGGGAAAAGAUUCCUGAUUUUAUCAGGGUGUAGCAUAAGACUUUGGAAACAUUCCGUAGUAGCGCAUUGAAUUCUGGUGUUGAAAAGUGGAAAGAAAAACAAUUCUGAUACUUUAUGAUGGCAUUAUGGAUGACUGAACCUUGGUAGUAAAUAGAGGAGCAAAGGACCUAAUGUGAAGGUACUGGCUGUUGUCAUAAAAUUGUAUUUUUUGUACAAAAAAGGAAUCCUUUCAAUCCCUGGUUUUGCCUACUGUCUUUUUAGAUAGAAAUAAAUAGUUAAUCUCUGUUACCUGAAUAUAGAGGAUCUAAAUAUAUACAAACUGAUAAACUGCAAAGAGGAGGGAUAUAAACAUGAUUUACAUAAUCAUGAGGUAAUAAUUAACCAGUAGUUUCUUAGAAAUUUUUAAUUGUAUCACUUGGUGAGUGAAUUUUCUUUUACUUAGAGGAAAACCACAUGCUAGGCACUAAGGAAUACUGCACGCUAAGCACUACGCACUGUUAUGGUCAAGUCUUUUCCAAGUCAGUCAUCAUCAUUCUAUGAUCAUGAUUCUUAUUUGCAUUUUGAGCAGUUUGUACCACUUUGUCAGAGCAAUGUAGCUUAAAUGUGUAUUAAGGCAGUAUAUGCCCAUUUUAAGGUCCUUCUGCAGUAUCAAAGCAGUGUAAGUUCAUGUGAAUGCGGGUCAAACCUUACAAGCCAAAUUGUACGGUUCUCACUCUAACAGUAAUCUCCCACUGGCAUGGACACAGUUUUGUUGCAGUUGGACUUGAGAAUGAACAGCCGUGCGUUGUUGAAAACCUGCUGUGAGCCACCGUCCUGGCAGCGCUUGAUACUGUGCUCACCAGAGCACAUGAGCCCAUCUGACCCGCGAGCCGCUGGGUUUCAGGGAAGCACCACAACGGCCACACUGCUGGCAGCACCCAGCCCUCUGUGUGAGCAUGGUAAUGCAAUACAAACUGGCAGGACUACCCCCAGGUGGGGCUGAUGUUGUAGAAUUAAGAUUUAAUCAGAUAAAGCUGAGAUACUGACAGGUACUGAGUCUAACCCGAGCAGAGGCACACAGGGAGAAAAGUGCUGGAGUAGUGCUGGGGGCUUGUACGUCUGGCCUUUGAAAUACAAGUGGUGAGAUACUUCUCCAAAAAGAUCAAAGAUAUGAUUUAUAUUUAGAUUGAAACAAGAGAAAACAAGCUCACUGGAGUGAGCUUGAUCACAACCUCACCGAUCACUGGAGUUGGCUGUUCACAGAAGUUUGAUGAUAAUAUCAUCAUUCUAUUGGAAAGUGUCAUUUCUUUACAAUUGUAUAAAGAUUGUAUUAGAAACGAAGUCUCCUCAUUUAUGAAAACGUUAGGGUCCAUGAAUCCAUAAGCAAUUAACCCAGGACAAUGACAUUUGUAUCAGCCUUCAGUCCCUAAUGAAAUAGUUCAGCUGUUUUCACUUGGAAAAGUCAACUCUGAUGCCUUGCAAUAUUUGUGGCAAACUAUCCUUGUAACAAACUGAAUGCACUAUGGAAAUGUCAUAUGGAGCUCACUGUGCAAUAUUAAGUCAAUACAUUGUACACAGUUGAUCAAAAGAUUAAUAUUAAUGUUUAGAUAGUAUUUAUUGGUAAGAUGUUUGUUUCAAAUAUACUACAUUGUGUUGAUACUUAUGAAUGGCCUAAAUACAAUAAAUUGUAUUUUACAUAUUGAGAACACGUAUA